AUGGCGGGCGCGGGCAUGGGAUUGGGGAUGGGGAUGGGGGAAGGCGGAGAGGGGAUAGCGGAUCAGUUUGUCUCUACUGAGGAUCUCACAUCGGCGAAUGCGGUGGCAGAUGCGACGGCCAAUGCGGCGAGAGAUGCAGCGACGGACGCGGCGGGACAGGCGGAGUUCGAUCCGAGAUUAGAGGGGGUGGAAGAGGAGGAGCGGUUGGUGGAAGAGCUGGUGACGUGGAUGGAGGAGAGAGGCGUGAGAGGGAUCCGAGGCGAGGAGGCCGCAGUGGAGGUGCUCAUCGAUGCCAACACCACUCUCAAGGCGUCGGGCAGGUCAAGGGCGAAUCUGUGCAUGGUGGCGCGGCGCCCCAAAACGGAGGGCGAGGUUGAACUUUCGCAUGAUGGCGCGUCGCCCCAUCGCGGAGGGCGAGGCGUUUCUGUCGCUGCCUCGCUCGCCCUCUCUGCCUCUCACGCGCUGGAGGAGGCAAAGCCGUACGAGGGAGAGGUGCAUCCAUUCACGGCGCUGGCGGCGUGGGUGCUGAGGGAGCGGGCCAAGGGGCGCGCGUCUCUCUGGGCGCCCUUCGUGUGCGUGCUGCCCGCCCACCUGCCCUUCCCACACCUCUUCUCCGACCGCCUCCGCACGGAGCUCCAAUCCCAGUCGCUGCUCAUGGCUACUGCAGAGCACAAGCGCAUGCUCUCAGAAGAGUACAAAAAGUGCCGGCCAGAAGCCAUUGCGGAUGCAACGGAGGAGGAGUUCCUGUGGGCGGUAGGCAUGGUCACCUCGCGUAUAUUCACACUCCGUACAAGCAACAGCACUGCCAGCGGUGAUGACAGUGGUGGCAGCAGCAGCAGCAGCAGCAGCAGCAGCAGCAGUGCUGCCAGCAACGGCACGGAGACAGUUCUCUUCCCCUAUGCGGACCUGUUUGACACCGACAACGCACCCGUCGCCAUGUGGCAGGGCAACGACACGAACAUCACAUUCACGGCCACGGGCAACAUUUCACUGGGCCAGCACGUGAGCGUGGAGUCGGGGCUGCUGGCCAACGAUGAGGCGCUGCUGUCGCGCGGCAUGGCGCUGCUGACCAACUACCGUGACUCGGUGGACGUGUUCGACUACCCUGAGGUGGCCAUUGACUUCUUUGGCCGCCACUACUUCCGCACCCACUGGGAGUCUUUUAUGGAGGGGGUUGGAGGGGGUUGGAGGUAUGGUGCUGAGGGGGUUGGAGGUAUGGUGCUGAGGGGGUUGGAGGUAUGGUACGGUGCUGAGGGGGUUGGAGGUAUGGUGCUGAGGGGGUUGGAGGUACCGUGGUAUGGUGCUGAGGGGGUUGGAGGUAUGGUGCUGAGGGGGUUGGAGACUGACGUGGAGCAGGUGUUUGCUGACAUGGAAAAGGCGCUCAAGGCGGAGGUGACCAAGGAUCGGUACAAGGGCAUACCGGACGAGCCGGAGUUCAGGAUCGACACACAGGCGAGCCUGAGAGUCUGGUUCGGCGGGAGGCUCGACCCGAGGCUGCUGGGAGGUCUGGCAGCCCUCCAUGCGCAUGUGAUGAACAAGGAAGGUGAGAUUCGUCAUGUGCCUCCCUCCUCUCUUCCUGUCUCUUCCUUUCCCCUUGACUCUUCUUCUCCCCCCUUCUUCAUCUCCCCCUCUCUUCUGCUCCCCCUCUCUCUCCUUCCCCCCUCUCUUCCUCUUCCCCUCUCCCUUCCUCUUCCCCCCUCUUCUAAUCUCCCCCACAGCCCCCGACUAUGCAGCACUGGCGCUGCCAGUGCCCCAGACUAUGCUGCACUAGCGCGGCCAGUCGUAGAGUACAGCUGGCUGCAGGACCCCAAGACCACGUGUGACGACUACGCCGCCUCCCUGCCCGACAACCUCGGGGACGCCAUCCCCGCAGCCGGUGCCGGCAUUCUGGAGCGAGCCAAGCAGAUGCUGAAGGCCAUGGGCACGUCAUUUGAGGGGGAUAUGCAGCGCAUGUUCGUCGUGCAGGCGUGCAAGGUGCAGGUGCUGUAUGGGACCUACCCUGGGGACAAGCCGCUCAUGUGCCCGCCAGAGUUUGUUCGGGAAAUGCCGGAUUGGGAGGCGGCUUUGGCUUAUAGGCUGUCAAAGAAAGAGGUGCUGUUGCAUGUGAUUGCCCGUCUCACAGCCACAUGCGAGGCUUAG